AUGGCACAAUUCAACUUUACAUUACUAUCCAUUUUCCUUUCUCUCCUCUUUUUAAAUUUUGCCGCGCCAGUUGAACCAUCAAGGCAUCACAAUUCCCAAACAAUGUCCUACAUAAAGUCCUCUUGCGAUGGCACCCUCUACCCAAAACUUUGCAUUCGUUACCUGGCCCAAUAUGCCAAAUCCACCAUUAAUGGCCCACAAAACUUAGCCCAAUAUGCCUUGUCAGUGAGCCUCUCUAGAGCACAAAACACAAGAGGGUACUUUUUGAAUGUGGCCAAGGAACUUAAGGCCAUAAAAAACAACAAAAUGGAGUACAUAACCGUGCAAGAUUGUGUGGACCAAAUCAAUGAUAGUGUGGACCAACUUAACCAAGCCAUCAAAGAACUACAUUUGUUAAACCAGCAUGGCUCCACCAUCAAUGAUGACAUGUUGUGGCACAUAAGCAAUGUUGAGACAUGGGUGAGCACUGCCUUAACAGAUGCUAGUACUUGUGUGUACUCAUUCCCUGGUCAUAGAAUGAGUAAGAGAGCAGCUGCAAUUAAGGUUAAGGCCAUGAAUGUGGCACAAGUUACUAGUAAUGCACUUGCCAUAUUCCAUAGAUAUGCAUCUAGAUACCGGCAACAAGUAGCAGCUAGAACCCCCAUGAAAACCUAG